UAUUGGUGGAGCCAAACGCCUUCAAUCAUUAUCACAUCUUGUUUCAGUUCUCCUUCUGUGCCCUUGGGUGAUUAUUUUGUCUCUGACAACAGAGAGCAAAGUAGAAUCAUGGCCUUCCCUCAUCAUGCCAUUUUUAAGUAUAAUCUUUUUCAUCAUCAUUUUGGACUUCUAUGUAGAAUCUGUGUGUUUUGUCAAGAUGGAAGUAUCAAAAUGUGCCCGUUACGGAUCCUUUCCCAUUUUCAUUAGUGCUUUAAUUUUUGGUAAUUUUUGGACACAUCCAAUAACAAACCAGCUUCGUGCUAUGAACAAACCAGCACACCAGGAAACUACAGAGCAUGUCAUAUCUGGAGGAGUGGUGGUCAGUGCCGUUUUCUUUAUAUUAUCUGCCAAUAUUCUUUCAUCCCCAACACGGAAAGGGCAGAAAGGCACUCUUAUUGGUUAUUCACCAGAAGGAAUACCGCUGUACAAUUUUAUGGGCGAUGCUUUACAACACAGCUCUCAGUCCUUGCCUCGAUUUAUUAAAGAAUCAUUGAAGCAAAUUCUUGAGGAGUCUGACUCAAGGCAGAUCUUUUAUUUUCUAUGCCUGAAUCUGGCUUUUACAUUUAUAGAAUUAUUUUAUGGUGUAUGGACCAAUAGUCUAGGAUUAAUUUCAGAUGGGUUUCACAUGCUUUUUGACUGUUCAGCUUUAGUUAUGGGUCUCUUUGCAGCGCUGAUGACUAGAUGGAAAGCAACCCGUAUAUUCUCCUAUGGGUUUGGCCGUGUGGAAAUUCUCUCAGGUUUUAUUAACGGCCUUUUUCUCAUGGUAAUAGCUUUCUUUGUCUUUACUGAGUCGGUGGCCAGACUGGUUGAUCCUCCAGAUAUAGAUACAAAUAUGUUGACUCCUGUUUCAGUUGGAGGACUGAUAGUAAACCUUGUUGGUAUCUGUGCCUUUAGCCAUGCCCAUUCCCAUGGGCCUUCUCGAGGAGGAUGCCAUGCACAUGAGCACAGUCAUUCCCAUCACAGCCAUGGUCAUGGCCAUGGCCAUUCCCACAAUGACUAUGGGCACACUCAUAAUCAUGGACAUGGCCAUGGAUCGUUAGGAGGCAACAUGAAUGCCAAUAUGAGAGGAGUAUUUCUACAUGUCUUGGCAGAUACCCUUGGCAGUGUUGGUGUUAUCAUAUCAACAAUUCUCAUUCAACAGUUUGGAUGGUUGAUAGCUGAUCCACUCUGUUCUCUAUUUAUUGCUACAUUGAUUUUUCUCAGUGUUAUCCCUCUACUAAAAGAUGCUUGCCAGGUACUCUUGUUGAGACUGCCUCAAGAACAUGAAAAAGAUCUGCACAUGGCUUUAGAAAAGAUCCAGAACAUAGAUGGUGUCAUCUCCUAUAGAGAUCCUCACUUCUGGUGUCACUCUGCAAAUGUAGUGGCAGGCACAAUACAUAUACAAGUAAUGUCAGAAGUAAUGGAACAGAGAAUUAUACAGCAGGUAUCAGCUGUUCUCAAAGAUGCUGGGUUUAACAAUUUGACUAUCCAGGUGGAAAAAGAAGCUUAUUUUCAGCAUAUGUCUGGCCUUAGUACAGGGUUCCACGAUGUCCUUGCAAUGACAAAACAAAUGGAAUCCAUGAAGUACUACAAAGAUGGUACUUACAUCAUGUAAUUUGGAGUUCACAUCUGUCGAUUUCACUAUCUUCAUUAUUUCAUCAAGAGAAUUUGCACAUAGAUGGAUUUAUAAUCCAUAUAUAUAUGGAUUUUAGACAAACUGUUAUGUACCUUUAAAGCCAGAUCAAGAGGUUUAUAAAAAAUGUGGGACACCUAGAACAUAUGCUGUAUAUGUGGAAAUAAUGGCAAUGUAAAAUAUUGUAUUUGGUGUCUUAUUAAACUGAUUUUGGUAUAUGAAUGUGGAUGAGCACAAAUGUAUUGUACACUUUCCCCAAAGAGGAAUAAUGAAAAAUUCUCUUCCAUUGCAACCUAAAAUUGUUUUCAUAAGCUUUGAAAAGGAAAUUAGCAGACUCCAUAAAAAUAGUCUUCAAAAUUAUUUUGAAGCUUUGCUGCUGUAUGUGUAUUUUUACACAUUGAGUGCAAAUAUUUUUAAGAACAUUAAAUACAAAUGUACAUUUUUAUAUUCCAUUUCUGUAUACAAUCCUAUUUUCUAAGGAUGGCUUUUUUAGAUGAAGGAAAAUAGAUUCUGCUAUAGAAAUACUGUCAGCUGAAUUAAUUUUUUUUAGAAGAAAAAAAAACCCUGCUAACCACAAAUCAGGGAGGGAAACACUUUUUUUUGCACUUCUGUGUUCUUUAGUUUGAACCACUGUAAAAUAAAUACUUUAUAUUUUUUAUAAAUAUCUAGUGAAAUUAUUGUAUAAGCUACAGGUUUAAAAUUAGAAAAAAAAUCAGUGACAAUUGAGUUUUCUGUCUUGAGUCAUUUGUCUCUUAUUAUAGUAAUCAAGAUAGAAAAUGAUACAGUGAGUUGAAUUUUCGGUAGAAUUUUAAGGAGCUAUAAUGUUCCUCUAAAAUGGCAAAGAAUAUUUAGACAUUCAAUACCUGUUAUGGCAACAUAUAUUAAAACAAGCAGAAUAGGUGAUGGAGAGGUUAGAAAGAGAACAUAGGGAAGGAUGUGUCUUCAUUUCAGAUGUAACAAGAAUGAGAUCAUUAAGAGAUUAAUUUCCCUUAAGUAUUAUUGACCCUUUUAGUAUUUCAAAUAAUGGAAGCAGUUGUCCAUAUGUAUCAGUUAAAAAUUGAUCUUAAAUGUCCCCCUUUUUAAGAUAAUGAACCACAUUUCUGCUUAAUAUGAUGCAGUUUGUCUUCCCUAGCAUUCUAAAGCUAUGAACGUUGAACAAAUAUGUAGACAACAUUAUGUCUGUGUUGAAUCUGCUUGUAUUGUCAACCUUUGAAUGCCAAAAAAAGAUAUUUAGCACAAUCCAGCACUUUUAAGUUCCAUUCUGUGUUAAAAUGAAGAAUACAAUACUUAAAUGGAUGUGACAAAUGUAAAUAAAGUUUCUAAGAGUCCAA